CCGCAGCUCCUGUCACGGCCGUCGCCUCGGCCGCGGCUCUCUAGCCCGGAGGCUUAGCCUCGGCCCCACGGAGACGCGUCCCAGGCCUCUUUCCCCUCCUUCCGCCACUCCCUGCCCUUUCCCGCCCUUCUCUCCCACCCGGUCCACCGAGAGAGCCUGGAUACGAAGCAGGCGGGCUUGAGAAGGGAGUUGGAAAAAUGGAGGUGCCGCGCCUGGAUCAUACCCUCAACAGCCCCACCAGCCCCUGUGAGGAGGUGAUCAAAAACCUCAGCCUGGAGGCCAUUCAGCUGUGCGACCGGGACGGGAAUAAAUCACAAGACAGUGGCAUAGCAGAGAUGGAAGAACUUCCUGUACCACAUAACAUUAAAAUAAGCAACAUUACAUGUGACUCAUUCAAGAUUUCAUGGGAAAUGGAUUCAAAGUCAAAGGACCGUAUUACACACUAUUUCAUUGACCUCAAUAAGAAAGAGAACAAGAACUCCAAUAAAUUUAAACACAAGGAUGUUCCAACGAAAUUGGUGGCAAAAGCUGUUCCUUUGCCCAUGACUGUCCGUGGACACUGGUUUUUGAGCCCGAGAACUGAAUAUACAGUAGCAGUGCAGACUGCCUCAAAACAGGUUGACGGUGAUUAUGUUGUGUCUGAAUGGAGUGAAAUUAUAGAAUUCUGCACAGCAGACUAUUCAAAAGUUCAUCUAACACAGCUAUUGGAGAAGGCUGAAGUGAUUGCAGGACGGAUGCUUAAAUUUUCUGUUUUUUAUCGUAACCAACACAAAGAAUAUUUUGACUAUAUUCGAGAACAUCAUGGGAAUGCUAUGCAACCAUCUGUCAAGGAUAACAGUGGUAGCCAUGGCUCUCCUAUCAGUGGUAAAUUAGAAGGCAUCUUCUUCAGCUGCAGCACUGAAUUUAAUACUGGGAAGCCACCCCAGGAUUCACCUUAUGGAAGAUACAGGUUUGAGAUUGCAGCAGAAAAACUUUUUAACCCCAAUACUAACUUAUAUUUUGGGGACUUCUACUGUAUGUACACUGCUUAUCAUUAUGUGAUUCUUGUUAUUGCCCCUGUGGGAUCACCAGGAGAUGAAUUUUGUAAGCAGCGCCUUCCUCAGCUAAAUUCCAAGGAUAAUAAAUUUUUGACCUGCACAGAAGAAGAUGGGGUGCUGGUUUACCACCAUGCCCAGGAUGUCAUUUUAGAAGUCAUUUAUACUGACCCUGUGGAUCUUUCUCUGGGCACUGUAGCAGAAAUCACUGGUCAUCAGCUUAUGAGUUUGUCUACUGCAAAUGCAAAGAAAGAUCCCAGCUGCAAAACCUGUAAUAUCAGUGUUGGACGUUAAUGCCCAUUUUUCUUAUUCUUACCCAGUCCCUUUUCUUCCCCUAAGAGCACCGAUCCUCUGUUGUCCAUUUUCAUCACCAGAUGUUUUCCACUGAAGCAUGCACAUGCCGCUAUCACCAAAAGCAAAUUGCCAUUUUUCCAAAUUUCAUCCAGAGCCGUUUUAGUGUUUCCUAUUCCCUGCCCUUCCCAUUACUUUCAGUGAUGAAAGUUCUCCUCUGACACUUUAUUGCCUAGAUGCUGCAAUGUUUUUAUUUUUCCUUUAUGCCAAACAUAACAAAACAAUUAUAUAAACUGCUUUAGCAAAAUACAAAAUAACGGCUUAUAAAUGGUGUUUAAAUAUGCAUUCAUUUUAAUCUACUGAACAAAUAUUGGGAUAACUCCAAACCGCAUGAAAGGGUGUAAUUGCAGCAUGAGUUAAAUCUUGAAGCCUAGAAUUGUCAGCACUUCCAACUUGUUGUUUGACAGUGUUAUUUAUGUUAUUUAUAUUAGCUAACAGGAAACAACUAUUGUGUUUCAACAUAAUAAAUAUAAUAGAAAAAUAUUUUAUUUGUAUUGUUGUAUAAAAUAUUUACAAUCAUAUAGAAUAUAUAGAGUUACAUUUUAAUAGCAAUUGUAUACAUGUCAUGAAACCAUUUCCCUUAUCAAAGAUGUAGUUUGUAAACUUCAAAUAGUUGUGUAUCUGUCCUGUUACAAGUAGAUGACUUCAAUUAAACAAAUUUAUGAAGGACAUCAUUCUGAUUCAUAAAAGUUAUAAAAUAUCAGGUAAAUACAGAGAAAACAAUAAGCCUCUGAAAUAUUCUGCUUCUGAAAGUCAAUAUUCUUCCCAUCCAAACUAUAUGAAAAUGUGAAUUUGUUCAACAUCAUGCUUAAACAUUACAGAAAACAGAAAUACAAACAUGGUUGGUACAAGAGAAAAUGGCGACUUUUUACUUAUUGUUACAAAGGCAAAAAUAAUAAAUGUGUGUUUUAGUACAAAA